AAACCUUAUUUUCAAGUUGUUACUCAGCAAGAAGUGGAAGACUGAGAUUUUGAAAAAUGUGGAUGCCAUGUUGUUUGAGUGUAUUUCUUCUCUCCUUGACACUAUCCAAUGCUUCCAUUAACGUUUGUGACAAGACAGAUCGCAAUACCGAUUGCCACACACUUGUGGGAGAAAGCGUGAUACCAUUGAAGGAGCUGGAAAAUGAAGGUGAAUGGCUGGAUAAAAAGAAGAUUUUUUUCUUGGAAACCUCAGGGCGAGACCAUUUGCAAAACCGCCAAUGUUGUGCCAUUGAAUCGGCAGUAAAACAUGCCGGGGAUCUUGAUGUCCUCGUAGUGAUGGUGGCCGACCAUUUAGAUCUCUCUGCAAACAAUGCUACCCGUCAAUUGUAUCAAGGCCUUGGCAAUUCAGGCAAACUCCACUUCCGCAAAGUCAAUGUGGAGACCAUCUUUCAGGAUACACCAUUGCAAGAGGUCUUCGAAUCCGGGCGAUUAGCAGCCAGUCCUCAUCCAAUUGUCCACUUAAGUGAUGCCUUGCGGUUGGUUCUGAUUGAGAAAUUUGGGGGAUGGUACUCCGAUUUGGAUAUUAUCUUCCUCGACAAGGUCCAUGAUAUGGAGAACGUGAUUGGAUCGGACCAAUUGUCUCGAGUUCAGCAACAACGGGAUCCCAACGCUUUGGGCGAUGUCGUGUCCAACGCUAUCUUCCAUUUUGAAGCGGGUCAUCCCAUAAUCAAGCUCGCAGUUCAAGCCUUUUCUCGCAGUUUUGAUGGGAAAUGGUCCAGCGGAGGUCCUAAUUUACUAAAUAAGGUCAUUCUGUUCUUGUGCCAGUCUCCCAGGAUUGAUAGUGAUAUUAACGAGAAAUGUGAGAAGAUGAAGGUUAAGGUGAAUGUUGUGAAACCUUAUAUUUUUUAUCCAUUUGGAUGGUUUGAUGCUCAAGAUUUAGUGGCUAACUUGACCGAAGAAGAGUGGAUUGAACGGUUCAAAGCCUCCAAAGUUGCUCAUUUUUAUCAAUCAUCCGCUAACAGAAAGUCAAAAAUGUUAAAGCGACGUUUUUACGGCAAGGCAUAUCCGGGUCUUUUGUACCUGGCUCAGAACUAUUGUCCAAUCAGUCUACAUGCAGACAAAACCUUUUAAAACUUCUGUUAAACGACAAUGUAGGUGUUUCAUCAUGUCG